CAGCAGCUCGUACUGUCAACAGGAGGAAAUGACGUGAUAACGUCGAAAACGUGAGGUGACAAUAAAGUACAUUUCCCCUAGUUAGUAGCAGCUCGCACUGUCAACAGGAGGAAAUGACGUGAUAACGUCGAAAACGUGAGGUUGGGACUUCCAGCCGAGAUAAGUUUUUUAUUUUGUUGCCGUUGCUGAGUGAGCAGCCAGCAAGAAGUUUACACUUUCUCUGAGGAAUAAAUAAUACUUUUAUGUUUUUUUUUUUAAAUAUUUUUUUUUUGUUGCGGGGGGAUGAAAAGGAAUUGAACAUAUGACUUUUUGUAUGUCAACGUAUAUGGAGUAAUUGGAAAUGGACCAGAGGCCAGAUUUGGAAGCAACACUUCUGCAGCUUUAGAGAAGCAAGUUAUCACAACUUGAAGUACUCCCCUCGAAUGAUAGUGACGUGUAUUUGCACAAGCUAACUAGCUAGCUAAAUGUAAAGUAGCUAGGUGUUGACAAGCUAUCCAGCCAAUUAGCUAGCUGAUAUGGAUAUCUUUCCAAGACCUAGUGGAGAAAUUCAAAGAAAAAACCCACAGCAGGAUUUCGAGCUCAUUCAACGAGUGGGGAGCGGCACAUAUGGAGAUGUGUACAAGGCUCGAAACAUUCAAACGGGAGAGCUUGCUGCUGUCAAGAUUAUUAAACUGGAGCCAGGGGAUGACUUUUCCAUCAUCCAGCAGGAGAUCUUCAUGGUGAAGGAAUGCAUGCACCACAACAUAGUGGCCUACUUCGGGAGCUACCUCUGCCGGGAGAAGCUGUGGAUCUGUAUGGAGUACUGUGGUGGAGGAUCUCUACAGGACAUAUAUCACGUGACGGGGCCUCUGUCAGAGCCACAGAUCGCCUACGUCUGCCGAGAGACCAUACAGGGUUUGGGAUACCUUCACAGCAAGGGGAAGAUGCACCGUGACAUCAAGGGUGCUAAUAUCCUCUUAACAGACAAUGGGGAUGUGAAACUAGGUGAGCUAUUCAUCCAUGCUUGAAGACCCGUAAAGGUCGUCAUUGUCUUUCUCAAGAGGAAGUCCUUCAUCGGGACUCCUUAUUGGAUGGCCCCGGAGGUAGCAGCAGUAGAGAAGAACGGAGGUUACAACCAGCUGUGUGACAUCUGGGCCGUGGGCAUCACCUCUAUAGAACUGGCCGAGCUGCAGCCCCCUAUGUUUGACCUCCACCCAAUGAGGGCCUUGUUUCUCAUGUCGAAGAGCAGCUUUCAGCCUCCCAAGCUGAAAGAUAAAAUUAAGUGGUCCACAGCCUUCCAUAACUUUGUGAAAGUCUCUCUGACCAAGAACCCAAAGAAGAGACCGACAGCAGAGAAGCUCCUAUCGCAUUUGUUUUUAGAUCAGACAGGGCUGACUAGGAGAGUAGCUGUGGAGCUGCUGGACAAGAUGAACAACCCAGACAACCACCAACACUUCUCUGAGGUGGACGACGAUGACCUGGAGUCUCUUUCAGUAGUGAGACACACCAUCCGUUCCAUCAACAAACACCCCAGACCAGAGAGAACUCACUCAGAGAUCAGCUUUGAUAAAGUGAAGUUUGAACCUCCACUGAGGAAGGAAACGGAGGCUCACACUGAAAUGGAUGUGACUAAACAGAGCGACUUCCCCUCCCCCUGGAGCCCAUUCGCAGAGGGAGGCAUCACGACCAGAGGACAUAUGGCCCAUCUGGAGGACGCCUUUGAAGACGUGGAGCUGUCGACCCUGAAGCAUGGAAUCCCACCACCUCUACCGCCAAAGCCUCAACUGAACAGUUUGUCAGAUGAGCUAGGUCUGACUGAUGAGCGGUGUCUGACGGUGAGGAGGUUCCCGGGCUCAGAGAGCAGCCCAGGCCUGGGCCCCCGGAGACUGAGCACCCCAGAGCAGGGCAACAAGGUGGAGCACCCCUCUCCUGACUACCUGUCAGCCAGCGUCAGUAGUCCUGGUAUACUGUCCACAGCCUCGGACCCUGAACUUGAAGACUCUGAUGGAGGUGUGAACGGGGACAGUCCCAAGACUCCUCCCAGCCGACCACAGAGGAAGGAGAAGAAAGACUACCCUAAGCCAGCUAUCAACGGCCUGCCCCCCACUCCUAAAGUCCUGAUGGGAGCCUGUUUCUCCAAAGUGUUUGAUGGUUGUCCACUGAAAAUCAACUGUGCCACGUCGUGGAUACACCCAGAUACCAAAGACCAGUACCUUAUAUUUGGGACGGAGGAUGGGAUCUAUACCCUCAACCUGAAUGAGCUGCAUGAAGCCACCAUGGAACAGCUGUUCCCCAGGAAGUGUACCUGGCUCUACAUCAUCAACAACAACCUGAUGUCCCUGGCAGGAAAGACCUUCCAGCUGUACUCUCACAACCUGAUUGGGCUGUUUGAGCAGCUGAAGAAACCUGGCCUCGCCUCUCAGUUCCAGACACACCGCUUCCCAGACAAGAUCUUACCUAGGAGGUUUGCCUUGACCACCAAGAUCCCGGACACAAAGGGCUGUCACAAGUGCUGCAUUGUGAGGAACCCCUACACGGGCCAUAAGUACCUGUGUGGAGCGCUGCAGUCUGGGAUAGUCCUGCUACAGUGGUACGAGCCCAUGCAGAGGUUCAUGCUCAUCAAGCACUUUGACUUCCCCCUACCCAGCCCUCUGAAGGUGUUUGAGAUGUUGGUGGUUCCAGAGCAGGAAUACCCCAUGGUGUGUAUAGCUGUCAGCCAGGCCAUGGAGCCAGGCCAGGUGGUUCGCUUUGAGACCAUCAACCUCAACUCCUGCUCUUCCUGGUUCACUGAGAUGGGAUCAACUGGCCAAGCAGUGGAUGCCAUCCAUGUGACCCAGCUGGAGAGGGACACCGUGCUCGUGUGCCUGGACAAAAAUCUAAAGAUCGUGAACCUCAUGGGAAGAUUAAAGUCUAACAAGAAGCUAGCCUCGGAGCUCAGCUUUGACUUCGCCAUUGGAUCCGUUGUGUGCCUUCAGGACAGUGUUCUGGCCUUCUGGAAGCACGGCAUGCAGGGAAAGAGCUUCAAGUCCAACGAGGUCACCCAGGAGAUUUCUGAUCCCAGUCGAGUCUUCCGUCUCCUCGGAUCUGACAGGGUGGUGGUUCUAGAGAGCCGGCCCACUGACAACCCCACAGCCCUCAGCAACCUCUACAUCCUGGCCGGGCAUGAGAACAGUUACUAGCCCCUUAACCGUGUUACCAGCUCCUAGCUCUGACCCAGUGACUCCACACAGAGGGAGGGGGAGGGGCACCUACAAACCCAUUGGAUUAGGUGAAGAAUUAGCUGGAAGUGGAUAAACUCACAGCAGUCCACUUCCCUCAGCAAGCUCUCAUACCGCCUGGACUCAUGGUACAACCACAGAUAGAACAAUGAGACAGAUAUUUCAUUGGAUGGAUGAAAUGUGAAGCAUCCGGGGUGUUAGCGUUUUCACACACUACCAAAUAUGGUAGUGAGAGGAAGUCCACCAGGCGGUCGAUGGGAGAAGAUGGAACGAGAUGGAUUUUGACCGACAUUCUGCAAAUCUUCUCAUCAAUGAAACAUUUGAUCACAAUACAGUAGUUUUCUGUUCCCAAUACUAGAAUCUGUUACGAUACGGAACGGAUUCAUUUUUGUAGACUUUACCCUUUUGCAAAUGUGUUUUUAUUUUAUUUUUUAUCAUGCUGUUACAAGGAGUGCAAAGGUGAAUUGGGUUAUUGCACAUUUCGCAGAGUUAGGUGUUCCCUAAUGGAAAUAUGUAGAUGUAUACUAGAAGGCGCCAAUAGGCUCCUGCUAUCUCGUGCUUGGCUCUGCCCACUGACUCAUUUGUUCCCAUUGGAAACGACAAGCUGUGGUCUAUCUUGUUUUAGUGAUAAAAAAUCUUUGAUUGAACUGUGUCACCAAACCCAGGAAGUAGUUAGUGAAUACAGAAACAACAGGUCAUCAACCAACAGGUCAGACAAGGGGACUGUGAUGCUUCAAGCAAAACCACAUCCUUCCUCAUCACAGAUCUUCCAACGGCCUUAUGCUGAGCAGGCAAGCAGCACCUCCUCCUCCCUCUACAGUCCUGUCCUCCUCCCUCUACAGUCCUGUCCUCCUCCCUCUACAGUCCUGUCCUCCUCCCUCUACAGUCCUGUCCUCCUCCUCCCUCUACAGUCCUGUCCUCCU